CUCACAAACAAGGCUCUAAGUAGUAGUAGUCAGACAGAAUUAGAAAAUCGGCUUCAUCAGCUGACAGAAACACUAAUUCAGAAGCAAACCAUGUUAGAGAGCCUGAGCACAGAGAAAAACUCACUUGUUUAUCAACUGGAAAGACUUGAGCAACAGCUGAAGACUAUCCAAGGCACUAGUACUAAUGGACCUUCCAUUAAUAUGGCAGGCAUUGACGGUGCUGAAGGUGCUCGUAUGCGUAAUGUUCCUGUCCUGUUUAGUGACAUGGAUACUAACAUGGCAGGAAUGUAUGGGAGAGUUCGCAAAGCUGCCAGCAGCAUAGAUCAGUUUAGUAUUCGGCUGGGAAUCUUUCUAAGGCGAUAUCCCAUAGCAAGAGUCUUUGUAAUCAUUUACAUGGCAUUGCUUCAUCUCUGGGUCAUGAUUGUUCUACUUACCUACACCCCAGAAAUGCAUCAUGACAGUCCCAGUGGCAGAUAGACUGAGACAGGACCAUAUGCUGUGCUAACGUCAUUUGGACUGGCAGUGUCUUUAGAAUAAUCAGUCCUGAAACAUCAGCAAACUUUUCCUCAUGGUUUUUAGGAAGAAUGAAAACCAUCAUGCCAGAUUUAUCGCUACUUUUCAAAUACAUGUAUAAUACUAUAUCUUUUUCAAUUUACCUAAAGGAGCGUCACUUUCCUGGAGAAAUAAAGCUAUUAAGUUAAGCUAUGGUUAGCCUUUACAUUUUACGUAGACCUGCUAGUGGUUAGUGUAAAAGAUAAGGGUUGCAUCUACAGAGAAAUGCAAGGAUUUCUGAAAUUACAGAUAUACAUGAUAAAAACUAUUUUAGAUCAUACUGGAUGUGGGCUAUGGUCAGGUAAUAAACUGUACUUAGCAAUUUAAAUAAACUUUAUUCUUUCUGGUUUCUUUCAGUCUGCUUUUGCACUUCUGUUUUUAACUUUGUAAAUAAUAGGCUUUUCCUUAACAUGUUAAACUGAAAAAAGGACAAUGGAUUGGUGCAAUAUCUUUUUGUAAAUAAGUUAAAAAUAAAAUAUUAUGCAUUC